AAUUGCAACAGCCGCAAUCGCGAGAGAAAUAGUUUUUUUUUGUGGAUGUGUUGCAAGGAAUACACCUUCAGCGAUGGAGUGGGCAUGAUAAGUUACGGGUUUGCAGCGGAAAUUGCCAAAGACAUGUCUUUGGGGGAUUGUGUGCCGAGUUGUUAUCAAUUCCGUUUCCGUGGGAUGAAAGGAGUGGUUGCCGUUAAUCCUUUGUUGGAUGAGCUCUCUGAGUGGGCAGAGAAAAACGAGAUCUCGCGACCGAAACGGGUGCAUGGAAACUGGAAUCUCAAGUUGGUAUUCCGGCCUAGCCAGAUAAAGUUUGAUGCUAAGAGGACUCAGACUGAUUCACUCGAAGUUGUAAAGCACUCAUCUCCUGUGCCGGUCUCGUUGAACAAGCCGUUCAUCUGCAUUUUAGAUCAGGUUUCCGAAAUGCAAUCUUAUGAGUGUCACGCUCGCGUAACGAAUCGCAUCGAGGAACUUCUUGAUCUCCAAUUGCGAGGAAUGGCUAGGACGAUGUUGCGUGAACACGAUUGUCGGAAUAAGUUGAAGGAGCUACCGCGACGUAUAGAUAUAGACAGCCUGUCCGUUGUUUGCGGUUUUCAGCUUAGCACUGAGCCUUUUUUCCGAUCUCUGAUAAAAGCGACGAUCAAAUAUACCGUUACUAAACAAAUGCGUAAGCAACAAAUUCAAAUUCCGUUCGAAAAAGGGCGUACCAUGUUAGGGGUAGUAGACGAAACCGGCCAACUGCAGUAUGGUCAGGUAUUUGUGCAAUACACCGAAAAUCUUAAUCUGAAAAAUCCACCACCAAAGGCGUCGAGGAAAAUACUCUCUGGUAAAGUUCUGCUUACGAAGAAUCCUUGCAUUGUGGCUGGUGAUGUGCGUGUGUUUGAAGCGGUAGAUAUUCCUGACUUACGCCAUUUGUGCGACGUAAUCGUCUUCCCAAUACAUGGACCAAGACCACAUCCUGAUGAAAUGGCAGGUUCUGACUUGGAUGGGGAUGAGUACGCGGUAAUUUGGGAUCAGGAACUGUUGUUGGAUCGAAAUGAAGAUGCGUUCGACUAUACAGCGACUAAACCGGAAACCCGCAAAAUUAAUCCUGAAACAAUGAAUGACGAUAUGGUUAAUUUUUACAUCAGCUAUAUCACUCAAGAUUCAGUAGGAACAAUCUCUAACUCGUUCCUCUUCCAAGCGGACCUUUAUGGAAUCAAUUCCGAAGUGUGUUUGAGGCUGGCAAGGAAAAUUUCGCAAGCAGUUGAUUUCACGAAAACCGGACUACCACCUGCCCCGCUAGUAAGGGAUUGGACUGAAGAUGAGGAGACGGGCAAAGAAAUUCCGCCAGAAAAAAACGAACGUCAGCCAGACUUUCAUUUCGGCAAUGAUUAUGAUCCUACCUACAGAAGCCCUAGGUUAAUGGGUAGAAUUCAUAGAGAAAUCAAAGCAAUUGAGGACGUACUGAAGAUCUCAGAAGACAUUGAUGAGCAGGAAGAGGUAGAAAUGGACAGGUUUCUAUUUCUAAAUGGAUGGAUGAAUUACGAGGAGAUUGCCGAAGCUCAGCUAUCUAAGUACAAGGGAGGCCUAAGGGCGAUCAUGGAAAAUUAUGGCAUCAAGACAGAAGGCGAGAUAUUUUCUGGUUGUAUCUGCGAGAUGCGUAAUCGCAUCUCGGAUCGUGAUCAGGACGACAUGACUUUUUACAACACGAAUGAAGUGAUCGAAAAAAAAGUGACGAAUUUUUUCAAAGAAUUUCGAGCAGACUUUUUCCAGGAGUUCGGCGGUUGGGAGAAGUGCACAAAAAAAGUUGACAAGAGGUUCGCUGUAGAGGACAACAUCUUCCAUCGCUUGGUGCACCAUCCGUCAGUUGGAAUGCAACAAAAAGCUGUUGCUUACUACCGGGUUUGCUACGAAACAGCACAACGAACUCGGGAAAGGAUUCUAUCGUUUGCUUGGUUGGCUUAUGAUGUGUUGGCGGUAGUUAGGCAAGAAAACGUUCUCAAUGAGCAAGACUGCAUACCGGCGUCCACACCGCUUUACGACGUUAGACGAAUUAUGUUCAUUCUGUCCAUGUGGGCAGAUAAAAACGGAUUGUUCGGCGCCCGUCUCCAGAGUCACCAUAUAUCUCUUAUACUAAUAUUAUAUGCAACUGGCCGCAUCGUUGGCUCGAGUAUCAAUCGUGCAAAGCCAUUUUUAGAAAGUGUAAGUGGCUGGCUUCGAAAGGUUUCUACACAGCUGUUCGUUGCAUUUUUCGAGUACUUGGCAUCUCGCGAGUUCCGUAAACUACCGCACCUUUCCUUCAUGCCGCUGGAAUAUUCAUCAGUGUUCUUGCGCGGUGAAUGGAUUCCGCUUCAUGAAGCAGCUGUGAAAACAUACUACAAUAUGGUUUUCAAUCUUCGAUUCGAUGAAGUGUGCAGUGAUCUUCAACAGAAUCCGAGUAGUCUGUCAAUUCGUGAAUGCGAACCUUUCAUUAUUGAGUUACCUGGUAAGGCACUGGAUCUAUUAAAGCGAAUGAUCAUACAGAAAACCGCUGUUGAAGAAAUUAGAAUGCGAGCGCACGUGGUACGAAUGGCAAGUCUUAAGAAUCCUUUUGAAGGUCGAGUUGCUGUCUCGGCUCGCGGUACGGUGCAGAGUUUAUGGGCUCUCAAGGAACUGGUUACAGUGAAGCCGCAGAUCAAGACAGCUGCUAGAGGAAAGGAGAUCUCAAAACAAUUGUCUCGCCUUACUUACGAAAACAUUAUGAGAUAG